UUCGGGAAGGGAUCCCCAGGAAUCGCCUCAUCCUUUGGGGCGCAGCUGAGGACUGGGACGUGCAUCCGAGGGCCGGAAAGCGCUCUGAGAUUAAUCCCGAAUUCAAGAAUCAAGUCUGCCCUCAAACCAUUUUAUAGACGGGGAAAUCCGAGGCCCAGGGAAGGGCAACUCCCGCGCAAGGUCCCCUGAACCGAGAGAAGCCAGGGCCAGUGUUUUCUCCGCGUAGGUGGAAGUGCAGGUGCACGCUCUUGGGGGCACAGUCCUUGCGGGAGCUGAGGCUGAAGCCGGAGCACUAACUGUGCUGGCUAGGGGAUCGACACUUCGCUGGGAGUUUGGGCUCCUCACUGCCUCAGUUUCCCCAGUACUACCUUUGGUGGGGAACGGGAGACGGGGCACUGGGCAAACGCUCGCCUGCUGAGACGCAGUUCGAAUGCCUUUAGGUGCUCCGCGUCUCCCCAAGACUGACUGAGGCUCCUUUUUUCAAAGGACGCACUACCUCCCAGCCCUCUAAAAUCCUGUCCUUGCGUUCGAGCCUCUCGGCGUUCUAUUGGAAAGACUUGGCCCUCCUGCUCCCUUCUCUACAAUGAACUGCUCAGACUGCCGCCGAGCUUUCCCGGAGCGUUAACUGCGCAGGCGCAAGCGCAGUAAACCCGAAAAACGCAGGAACUGGGUCCUGACGGCGUAGGGCGGGUCGGGGCGGAGAGUGUGUUAACCAAUGACUUGAAGGAGUACGGGGGGCGGGUUUACCCCGCAGUUGCUAAGCGCUACCCAAGUGGGAGGUGAUUUAAGAGAUGGGGUGAAGGGUGGUUCAAUGGCUCUUCAAGUCACCAUCAUUUUGGUCCCCGGAAGUUAAGUAACCGAGAGGCGGGCCUAGGACCGGAAGCAGGAAGGAGGGCGCACGAAGCAGGGCGCCGCAGCCAGUGGUACUGUCGGUCAGUGGAUCUGUCGGUGCCGACGGCAGGAUGGAGAAGCUGCGGCUCCUGGGCCUCCGCUACCAGGAGUACGUGAUUCGUCACCCGGCCGCCACGGCCCAGCUGGAGACAGCAGUGCGGGGCCUCAGUUACCUGCUGGCAGGUCGAUUCGCGGAUUCGCACGAGCUGUCAGAGCUGGUGUACUCUGCCUCUAACCUGCUCGUGCUGCUCAAUGACGGGAUCCUACGGAAGGAGCUUCGGAAAAAGUUGCCUGUGUCGCUGUCCCAGCAGAAGCUGCUGACAUGGCUGAGCGUGCUGGAGUGUGUGGAGGUGUUCAUGGAGAUGGGGGCCGCCAAGGUGUGGGGAGAAGUGGGCCGCUGGCUUGUCAUCGCCCUUAUCCAGCUGGCCAAGGCUGUACUGAGGAUGUUCCUGCUGAUCUGGUUCAAGGCUGGCCUCCAGACCUCACCCCCCAUCGUUCCACUGGACAGAGAGACCCAGACACAGCCCCCGGAUGGUGACCACGGCCCUGGCAGCCAGGAGCAGUCAUAUGUGGGCAAGCGGUCAAACCGAGUGGUGCGCACCCUCCAGAACACUCCAUCCCUGCACUCAAGGCACUGGGGAGCUCCCCAGCAGCGGGAGGGACAGCAGCAGCAGCAACGCCAAGAGGAGCUGAGCCUCACCCCUACCCCGCUGGGGCUGCAGGAGACCAUCGCAGAGUCCUUGUAUAUUGCGCGGCCGCUGCUGCACUUGCUCAGCCUGGGCCUGUGGGGUCAACGGUCCUGGAAACCCUGGCUCCUGUCUGGUGUUGUAGACGUGACCAGCCUGAGCCUCCUGAGCGACAGAAAGGGCCUGACCCGGAGGGAGCGGCUGGAGCUGCGGCGCCGGACCAUCCUGCUGCUCUACUACCUGCUGCGCUCCCCGUUCUACGACCGCUUCUCCGAGGCCAGGAUCCUCUUCCUGCUGCAGCUGCUGGCUGACCACGUCCCCGGCGUCGGCCUGGUCGCGAGGCCACUCAUGGAUUACUUGCCCACCUGGCAGAAAAUUUAUUUCUACAGCUGGGGCUGACAGACAUCCCGGGAGUGGGGCGUGGGGCAGGGUGGUGUGCUCUGCUGUGCUGGGCAGGGUUGCCUCGGCCCAUCAGUCCCCUGGGCCCCUCUUCCCUAAUAAAACUGACUCUGGAGUGUCCCAGCAUGC